AUGACUUCUAUGGAUAUUGAGAUGUUACCAUUAGAACAUCAAAUUGAUCAAAUAUCUUCUGAUAUCAAUUCAAGAAGAACUACAAACUCAAUUCAGGACCAACAUCCUGUCGGAACUAUUGUCGAUGAUCUCGACGAGGUCAAUGGGACUCCAUCGAAUAAGCCGGAUCAUCGUCAGCAUAAGCUGAAUUCCAAGAAAGUAGUCUUCAUGUUUGUUAUGUUCACACUCAUAUCAAUGAUCAUUGGCAUUUUUAUAGUUUGUUUUUCAUCACCGAAGCCCUUAGGUAAAACAUGUACGUUUAUUUUGAAAUCAGAAGCUCCCAGUUUAAUUACCAGUGAUUCUCAUCCGCAUUCUAUUGCUGUUGCUGAUUUUAAUAAUGAUAAUCUGCCUGAUAUUGUUGUUCCUUAUUCUGGCACAAAUAGUUUAGGAAUAUUUCUUCGACAGGACAACACUACCUUUAAAGAUCAAAUCACAUAUUCAACUGGUAUUGGUUCACUUCCAUAUGCUGUCUGUGUUGGUGAUUUCAAUCAUGAUCAACAAAUAGAUAUAGCUGUAGCUAAUUAUGGCGCCAAUAAUAUUGGUAUUUUUCUUGCAAAAGGUAAUGGUACUUUCAUGUCACAAAUUACUUUUUCUACUGGCUCAUCUCGUCCACUGUGGAUUGCUGUUGGUGAUAUGAACAAUGAUAAACAACUUGAUAUAGUCGUUGCAAAUUAUGGUACUAAUGAUAUAGGCAUUCUUUUUGGAGAUGGUCUUGGAAAUUUUGGAAAGCAAAAAACAUUUUCAACUGGUUAUGAUUCUGUUCCAUAUUCACUUGCUAUUUCUGAUCUUAACAAUGAUGAGAAACUUGAUAUUAUUGUUGCAAAUCAUGGCAUUGACAAUGUUGGUAUAUUUUUAGGACAUGGAACUGGUAUAUUUGAAAGCCAGUUCAUAAUUAGUACUGGAUAUAAAUCUCAACCUUAUUCAGUUGCUAUUGAUGAUUUAAAUAAUGAUACUUAUAUGGAUAUUGUAGUUGCUUGUGCUGGUUUAAAUACAAUCGAUGUCCUCCUAGGCGUUGGAAAUGGUUGUUUCACAAUACCAUACAAAUAUUCCACUAACAAUAAUUCAUUUCCAUUAUCGAUAGUAAUUGGUGAUUUUGAUAAUGAUAGUCAACUUGAUAUUGCUGUAGCAAACUAUAACAAUAAAAGUGUGGGCGUAUUUUUUGGAUAUGGAAAUGGAUUUUUUAGAGAUCAACUGAUAUUCUUUAGUGUUACUUACAAUUUUAAUCCAUAUGCCAUUGCUGCUGGUGAUUUCAAUAGUGAUAAUCGAUUAGAUAUUGCUGUCGUCAAUUACGAUUACAACUAUGUUGAUAUUGUUUUGACAUAUCGAAAUUAUACUUUCUUAAAUCAAAAUACAUAUUCAACAGGCAUUCAAAGCUAUCCGAGUUCAGUCGCUGUUGCUGACGUUAAUAAUGAUAAGAAACUGGAUAUUGUCGUCGCUAAUUAUGGAACAAAUAAUAUUGAUAUAUUUCUUGGUUAUGACAAUAAUACUUUCUCACCUGAAAUAACUUAUUCAACUGGCAACUAUUCUCGACCAUAUUCAGUUACUAUUGGUGAUUUUAAUAAUGAUAAGCAACUGGAUAUUGUCGUUACCAUUUCUGGAACAAACAAUAUUGGUAUAUUUCUUAAUUAUGGUAAUGGUAUUUUCUCAAGCCAAAUUACCUAUUCGACUGGCAAUGGCUCUAGCCCAAGUGAUGUUGCUGCGGGUGACUUUAAUAAUGAUGGACAACUUGAUGUCGCCGUUGUUAACUAUGAUGGUUGCAAUAUAGGUAUAUUUCUGGGAUAUGGGAAUGGUACUUUUUCCAGCCAAAAGACUUUUCCCACUGGGAACCGAUCUAACCCCCAAUCUAUUGCUCUUGGUGAUUUUAACAAUGACAGUCGAUUAGAUAUAGCUGUCGCCAAUUAUGGAAGAGCUAAUAUGGGCGUAUUUCUUGGGUAUGGCAACGGUACUUUUGCAGAUCAAAUCUCCUAUUUCGUUCCACUUGGCACUAGUCCAUCUGAUAUUGCUAUCGGUGAUGUGAAUAAUGAUAAUCACCAAGAUAUAAUAGUUACUGUCGAUUACAGUUAUACUAUUCUUAUUUUCCUUGGAUCCGGUAAUGGAAUAUUUGUCAAAGGAAAUUCAUAUUCUACUGGUAGUGGUUCUCAACCAGUAUCAAUUGCUGUUGGUGACGUAAACAAUGACAAUCAACUAGACAUCAUCGUAUCUAAUUGUGACACUAACAAUGUCGUAGUAUUUAUUGGGGAAGGUGAUGGAACGUAUCUUAAUCAAGGAAGUUAUUCAACUGGUGACAAUUCUUGUCCAACUUGGGUCGUUCUUGCUGACAUUAAUAAUGAUAACAUUCUUGAUAUUGUCGUCGCCGAUAAUGGCACGAAUAUGAUAGGUGUUUUUCUCGGAUAUUCUUAUAUAACUGGUAUACUUGAAGAUACAUAUUUAACCGGAUCUUCUCCACAUCCACAUGGUUUAGCUCUUGGUGAUUUCAAUCGUGAUGGUCAAUUAGAUAUCGCCAUAGCAAAUUAUGGUUUAAAUAAUGUAGGAGUACUUUUAGGACAUACAAAUGGAACAUUUCCAUUACAAACAGUAUUUUCCACCGGUGACUUAUCAUUUCCAACUUCAGUUGCCGUUAAUGAUUUGAAUAAUGAUAAUGAAUUAGAUAUUAUUGUGGCUAAUUCUGCAACUGAAAAUGUCGGCAUCCUUUAUGGGUAUGGAAAUGGUAGUUUUGCAAAUUUAGACCUGUAUUCAACUGGAGUUGGUUCUAUUCCACAAGCAGUAGCUACUGGUGAUUUCAACAAUGAUAAGAAACUUGAUAUUGCUAUUGUUGACUCUGGCACUAAUAGGGUAGUAACACUUAUCAAGUACGAUACUGGAAGUUUUCAAAAGCAAAUACCAUUUUCCACAAGCUUAGGUUCAGCUCCACGAGCAGUAGCUGUUGCUGAUUUAAACAACGAUGAGUGGUUAGAUUUCGUGUCAGGCAAUUCAGGCAUUGACAAUGUGGGUGUUUUUCUAGGACUAGGCAAUGGUAUAUUUUCCAAUCAAACAACAUAUUCGACUGGAAUGCGCUCGUUGCCAAUUGCGAUUAGUAUUGCUGAUUUGAACAAUGACAGUUAUUUGGAUAUGGUUGUCGCCAAUGCAUGGGGUGACAAUGUAGGUAUUCUUUUUGGAUAUGGUGAUGGUACGUUUACAAAUCAGACGACUUUUGAUACUGGCUAUAAUUCCGGUCCAUGUGGAGUCAUCCUUGCAGAUUUUAACAAUGAUAGUCGAUUAGAUAUUGCCGUCGCUCUUCAAUUCACUGGUGCAAUGGGUGUUUUUUUAGGACACGGGAAUGGUAAUUUUUCUUCUAUAGUUAUCUAUGCAAUUGACAGUGAAGCUUCUCCAGUAUCAACUGCCACUGGUGAUUUUAACAACGACAAUCGAUUAGAUAUUGUCGUGUCCAAUUUUGAUCUUGGUAGUAUAAGUAUUUUUUAUGGAAAUGGUGAUGGUACUUUUUCCAAUCUAAUUAGCUAUACAACUGGCAGUGGUUCACAACCAGCAUGGGUCGUCGUCAGUGAUUUAAAUAAUGAUGCUAUAUUAGAUAUUGCAGUUUCCAAUUUCGGUACAGACAAUAUUGGCGUGUUUUUUGGAAAUAUGAAUCAUAGUUUUUAUGACCAAGUAACAUUUUCAACUGGUAUUGGUUCUGCUCCGAAUGCAUUAGUCGUUGAGGACUUUAAUAAUGAUAAUCAACUGGAUAUCGCCUUUGUCAAUUUCGGUACCAAUUAUUUAGGUGUUCUUCUUCAAUGUAUUAAUGGUACUUUUUUUGAUCCAUUGACCUAUUCAACAGGUGAGAAUUCUCAGCCAUAUAAUCUUGCAGUGGGUGAUUUUAACAAUGACAAACGUCUCGAUAUUAUCGUCGCCAAUCUUGAUACAGAUAAUAUAAGUAUGUUUUUCGGAUAUGUUAAUGAAAGUUUUCUAAAUGCACCAGCUUAUUCCACUGGAUCUUCUUCUCAAGUGACUUCCAUAGCUGUUGGAGAUUUUAACAAUGACACUCGAUUAGAUGUUGUUAUCACUAAUAAUGCUACAAACAAUGUUAAAGUUAUAUUUGGAUCAGGCUAUGGUACUUUUGUCAAUGAUAUAACAUAUUCAACUGGUAAUGAUUCUCAACCAUGUUCAGUUAGUGUUGCUGAUUUAAAUAAUGACAAUCAAUUAGAUUUUGUUGUUGCAAAUUCUGGUAUUAAUACCAUUAGUAUUUUUCUUAGUAAUGGUACCGGCACAUUUUCAAACCAAAUCACUUAUUCUACUGGUGUUAGUUCUCAACCAUAUUCAGUUGUUAUUCUUGAUUUUAAUAACGAUACCCGAUUAGAUAUUGCUGUUGCUAGUUAUGGAACUAGUCAUAUCGGUGUAUAUUUCGGUUAUGGUAAUGGAAGUUUUAUGAAUCAACAGGUAUUCUCUAGUGGUUUUAAUUCACAUCCAUUUGCACUUGCUGUUGGUGAUAUAGACAAUAAUAAUUUAACUGAUAUUAUUGCAACUAACAAUGGAUAUGGUAAUAUUGAUAUUCUUAUGAAAACUUGCUAA